CUUGACUCCGUGUGAAAAGUGCCGCCCCGGUUGCCUCAUUUGCCUUGAGCCGAUGAAAACAAACAGCAGCAAUGGCGGCGGUGACGGGAUCCCGGGGGAGGCCGCGGUCGUGAGGUGCCGUCACGGCCCCUCGUAGUUUCCAGCGAGGAAACCAGGUUAAGGGGGCGACCAGCCCGCGGCUUUCUUUGGCCACAAGCGUCUCUCGGACGGCUCUUCCAGGAAAAAAGCGCCACUCGGACCGGAGCGUAUUCAUAGCCGAGCCGGAGGCAUUUCUCCUGUCUGAACCAAGCCUGGAAAGAAGCUGUUGGUGCUGCCGCCACCCCCACCCCAGCCCAGCCCCACAGGGCCAAUUCUGAUUUUUAGCUCGGGGUUAAAAGGCUCCAAGCGCGCUCUUCACCCUCUUCCUUCAAGAGCCAAGCUGAACAUUUAGACUCCUUGCUCCUCUUGCGCCUUUCCUGGCUGUGUCCACGCGGAAAUUUAGGCAGUUCAGCCAGUCGCCUACCGAGUUGGACAUGGAGGCUCCUUAGUGCUUUUCCUUCUUAGUUGGACAAGAGAAAAAUCCCAUUGCAAAAGACACUGGUUGGUUUCUCUGCUCUCUGAAACUGAGAAGAUCCUCAACAGGGAAGGAAAAAAAGAAGCAUCUUCCAUCAAGACGGAGAGGUCGGGAGUAAGAGGAGCCAAAUGAAUAUGGCCAAGCAAACAGGCUAGGAGAAGCCUCUUGGGUUAAUCCCGGGAUGAAACCUCGAAUUGUCACCUCAGCCUCUCUUGUGCAGACUUUCAUAUGCAAUGGAUACUGACCUCAGCUCCCAGGACAGGAAGGACUUGGACAAGUUCAUAAAAUUUUUUGCUUUGAAGACUGUACAGGUGAUUGUGCAGGCCCGACUUGGAGAAAAAAUCUGCACUCGUUCAUCCUCCUCACCAACAGGCUCUGACUGGUUCAACUUGGCAAUCAAAGACAUACCAGAAGUUACUCAUGAAGCAAAAAAAGCUUUGGCAGGACAGCUGCCUGCUGUUGGGCGGUCAAUGUGUGUGGAAAUCUCCCUUAAAACCUCUGAGGGAGAUUCCAUGGAGCUGGAAAUCUGGUGUUUAGAAAUGAAUGAAAAAUGUGAUAAAGAAACCAAAGUUUCCUACACUGUGUAUAAUAGACUGUCUCUACUGCUGAAAUCUUUGCUUGCUAUAACAAGGGUGACACCAGCCUAUAGACUCUCAAGGAAACAAGGUCAUGAAUAUGUCAUAUUGUACAGGGUAUACUUUGGAGAAGUGCAACUGAAUGGCUUGGGAGAAGGAUUUCAGACAGUCCGAGUUGGGACAGUUGGUACUCCACUAGGCACAAUCACUUUGUCAUGUGCCUACAGAAUCAACCUAGCAUUCAUGUCUACCAGGCAGUUUGAGAGGACCCCACCUAUCAUGGGGAUUAUCAUUGAUCACUUUGUGGACCGUCCCUACCCCAGCUCCUCACCCAUGCAUCCCUGCAAUUACAGAACAGGUGAAGAAAAUGCAGUGGCAUAUCCAUCAGUAGAAGAUUCUCAAGAAGUAUGCACAACUUCUUUCUCUACUUCUCCCCCAUCCCAGUGUGUAUUUACUGUCACUAAAGCACAUUUUCAGACUCCUCCUCCUGUGGUGAUGGAUACCUUGAAGGGCCCUAUGAUGGGGCUGGCCUUUUCACCUCAACUCUCCAGCUCUCGUCUUUCUUAUCAGCCUGCAGCCUUGGGAGUUGGAUCAGCUGACUUGGGCUACCCAGUAGUCUUUGCUGGCGGCUUGAGCGCUACACAUCUUCAUCAGUUGGUAGUUCCAGGAAAGGAGGGAGGAGUACCUAUGAUUCCUAGCCAACCGAUGCAUGGCACCCAGGCAGAUCAUGAGAAAAUAAUGACAUGCACUCCCCUGGAUGGAGGCCAUUAUUCUGCAGUUACUCCAUCUAGUAGUGAGGAUCCAGAAACCGUAUCUAACAGCAGUGAAGGAAAGAGCGGUUCUCCACGCGAUGCCUUGGAAACCUUCUUUGUUCGAAAGGUGGGAGCCUUUGUCAACAAGCCCAUCAGCCAGGUGACAAUGGCCAGUUUGGACAUUCCUUUUCAAAUGUUUGCUCCCAAGAGCUUUGAACUAGAAGAUAACGAUCCCAUGGUAAAUCCUCCUGAUUCUCCAGACACAGAGUCUCCUUUACAAGGUAGCCUACACUCAGUGGGUUCCAGUGGCAGCAGCAGUGGGAAUAUCCAUGAUGAUUUUGUUAUGAUAGAUUUUAAGCCAGCAUUUUCUAAAGAUGACAUUAUCCCCAUGGACCUAGGGACUUUCUAUCGUGAAUUUCAGAAUCCUCCUCAACUCAGCAGCCUCUCCAUUGAUAUUGGAGCUCAAUCCAUGGCAGAAGACCUGGACUCACUGCCAGAGAAAUUGGCUGUUCACGAGAGGAACGUCAAAGAAUUUGAUGCUUUUGUAGAAACCUUACAGUAAAAUUGAACCAAGUUAGAACAGCCUCGGACAUCCUCUUCAGCACUCUGGAAAAGCAGGCCUAUAUAUUUUGCACCUGCCUCCCUUCUGGGUCCUGUUAUGUUGCAUCAACAAUUUCAUUUGCUUCCUGGGCUUUGUCCGAUGCAGAAACAAAUGGGAAUCACUUUGAACUGACCUUGUGAUGAAUUAAUUCGUUUUCCUUCUUGUUACAGUUGGCAUCUGAAGCAGUAUAGUGAAGAACAAAAUGAUCACUUUUGCCUUCUAUUAUCUCAUCUGUAAUGAUUUUCUAUUGCUUCUUCUUCCAUCAACUGCUUUCUCUUUUCACUUGAUUCAAUAGAACCAUCACUUGAAAGGAUCAAAACAGAAUAAUUCAUGCUCAUUGAAUCCUGAACAUUGCAGAAUUAGUCUAUUUUCAGUGAGUGUGUUUCAUAUACUACAACAGGUGAUAAUAUUCACUUCUAAUGCUCUAAAUAAUGGAAACAAAGUGUUGCACAUCUGCAUGCCGAAAUAAGAAAUGAAGACCACGUUUUUUUCCCUUGCUGACAGUUGGGAAUUAGUCCAUAAGAGCAGAAAAAAAGUGCUUUUCAUAUAUUUUUCCACCAACAAUGCCUGCCUAAGGCUAGACAAAAAGUCUUGUUGCUUUUGAAGAAGAUUCAGAGUUCAUGGGGUCUUCUUACAAUUGCUAAUUGUAAAUAUGUUACUGAUCCUAAUUCUUUAGGAUUACUUAAUUAGGGAUCUUUAGUCCAAAGUUUUUACAGAUGCUGCUGCUCUAUGUUAAGAGAAAUAAGAAAUAUUUAUUAUUCUAAAGGAAACUAUAUUUAAAGAAAAGUUGUAUGUUAUGUUUUCACAUUGUUAUGUGGCCAUAGGCUGCUGUGUUCUUUGUCCCUGCAAAAGUGCUGUGAACAACCUUAAAAAGAAUGAGGGCAUCUUCCCUUCCCCCCCCCCCCCCCAAAAGCAGACAUGUUGUGCUGGGAAAUUUAUCUUUCCCAGAGAUUGACUUGAUUUCACUCUGUCCUCUUGGGGGUCUAGAAAUGUCACAAUUAAGAUACGUUCUCUGGUGUAGUGAAUUUGCAGAGUUCUAAAAAGCUGAGCUCUGUCAUAUUUGUAAAAUAAAUUUAUGUAAUCUGCAAUGAAUUAGAAAGUAACUUGGUAUAGAAGUACAUUUUAUGAGAUUUACGGUACUUGUUCUAUCGUGCAACAUUUUGUUUAAAGUUUUUUUUCCUAAUGAGUUAGGCAUUAAGUAAUGCAAUUGACUGGCAUUUCUAUGUGUUCUGUUUGCUCCAUGUUCCACGCCAACUAUUAGGAAAGGAAGGAAAAAGACAUCCAUAUGAGUUCAGGGUUAGGCUCUGGCCACAAGUUCUUCCUUUCCAUUGUCAAAAAACAGGCUGAGAAUGCACCUCUAUGCAUAUUUUAAUGGGAGCAAGCAUCUUUAAACUUUAGGAAGAUAUUUUUUUAGUAAACCUGUUUAGAAUUGAACUGCCAUAUACUGUACUGAAGAACGAAGAUCAUAUCCUCUCAUUCCUUCUGUCUUUCAUCUUAGAUGCUUUUGUAUGAUUGUUGCCUUUAGAUAUGAAGGAUUUUUACAGUUUAAAAUAAUGGAAUGUUGACUUCCUGAAGUAUAAUGCUCUGCUCUUAUAGGUUUUGCUUGCUUGUGGUCUAAGAUGGGGUGAUGGGGGGGGGAGAUUAUUAGGGCAGUAUACAUCUUUCAGAUAGGCUCUGGAAUUUUCUGUUCCCUGCUGCUUUGCAGAAAUGAGCAGAAAAUUAAAUCUUUUGUCUUCUAGCAUGUAUUUUAUCUUAAUGGCUCAAACUGUAAGAAAUUUAUUUAAAUUGACUGAAAAAUAUCUUUUAAAUUUAUUUUCGAAGUACUUUUGAUGUUGUUACACAUUAUUGGUCCACUGACAGUGGUGGGGUUCAAGUGAUUUAACAACCGGUUCUCUGCCCUAAUGAUUUCUUCCAACAACCAGUUUGCCAAAUUGUUUAGCAAGUUAACAACCGGUUCUCCUGAAGGGGUGCAAACUAGCUGAAUCCCACCACUGUCCACUGAAGAACACACAUCUAAGUUUAUACCUAAACUGCUCCUAAGCAAGGGUGUGUGUGCUUGUUUUGGGGCUCAGAAUGAUAGAAACAUCAAAACUUUUUAAAAAUAGAUUGCAAGAAAGCAGCUUCACCCCAUAGUCAUAUCUGCAUAAAAUAGGGCUCGAUUCCCUGAGCCUUUUAGCUUUCUAAUCAAAAUAUAUGAAUAUAGGAAAAAAAACAUUCCUUAUUAUAUUCUUCAUGAGAUGUCAGAUGAUGUAGAGCUAUUUGUUUAAAUAAGAUUGGCUUUUCCAGCAGACUACAGGAGAGCCUAUUCUUAUAAAUGAUAAUAUCUGGUAAGGAAAUUGCUUGUUUUUCUAAUUUUCCUAAUGUUCCUAAAAGUCACUUCUCUGCCAAAACAGAGAAUUUUUUUUGCACAUUUACCUUGGCAUUCAUGUCACAAUACUUAUUUUGUUCUCCCAUCAUUUUCACACUAAAAUGCUGUGCCGAUUAAAGGAAUUUAGUCAAAUAUAGGUAGUCCUCGAGUUACAACCAUUCAUUAUUGACAUUUCAAAGCUAUGAAAAAGUGACAUUAAGGCCCAUCCUGUAAGUUGCGACCAUUGCCCCACUGCUACUGAAAGUCACAUGAUUGCAAUUUGUUUGUUUAACAACUGGCCCACUUUUACAUUGGUUGCAGUGUCUUGGAGAUUCAUUGAAUUAUCACGUAAUUUGCUUAAAACCAUGGUUAAAAAUUGACAUAAAGUUGAGUUACUUGAUGACUCAGGUAACACAUUGCUUAGUGAUAAAAAUUCCAGUCCCAAUGAUGGUCGUAUGUUGAGAACUACCCGUAACUAUUUAUUCUCAUAGUUCAAAAUUAUACAGAUAAAUUAAUAUAACUUCAAUAUCUUUGAAUAGAAUUACAAAUUACUCAUGUUGAUAUUCAUUUCCUGUUCAAGGUUUUUCUUACACUGAAAUAUCUACUGGAUUGUAUUCACUGGUCUGAUUCUGAUGUUCUACCAACGGAAUAACCCUUUGAGAACUUCACAGAUUUGGGGUCCUUGCGGGGGAUAGGAAACAGCAAGAAAUAUGCUUACAUAAUAUUAUAAGAUGCUGUUGUCUGAGUCUGGGUUGUUUAUUUUUUGAAGAAAAUUGCAUUGCCUAACAAACAUCAAUUUACUCUCCCACAUAAAUCCUCUUAUCAGGAAUUCAGGUAUAGAUCUUCAAAGGAUACAUUUCUGUCUACUUGCAUUACAGUGCUGUGAAUCAGAAUUUAUACAUAACAGGCAACAUUCAAAAGUGUCAAUUGAAGGAUGAAGGUUCCUCCCCUGCAUUUAUUUGGAAACACUAUUCAAAAUAUUCCACUACACAUUCAUACAAUUUCGAAUAAAACUUUUAUGCUACUUUAAAUUCA